UUUAGUAAUUUAAUUUGACUAUAAACCUUAACUUCUGUGAAUUAAUUUUGCUAUUAUAGCGAGAACAGUUACAAGAUCAUGAGAAUAGAAUAGUUUGGUUACAGAAAGAAUUGGAUGAACAUCAAUCACAUGCUCCAGAAAAAGGUUCCAGAUCAAGAUUUUUCCAUGAAUUUGCUGAGAAAGAAGCUUAUUUGCAGUUUGAGGUGAAUCAAUUUACAGAAAAUUUCAAUUAGAUUAAAGAUAAAUACAUUGUCUAUUGGUUACAAAAUUUUGUGAACAUUGUUUUUCAUAUUAAAUGAUUUAAUAAACAUUUAUGGUAAUUAUUAAUGAUGCAAUGAAUAGUAUAUUCAGCCUCAGGCUGAAUACUGAAUAUUUGGCCAAACUAUUCUGCUUGAUUAAUGCACGUACAAAAAUUGUCGAAAAUACAUACACUACAGUUGGUAAUCAAAGACACACUCAAAAUUCAACCUGAGGUCAAAGAAACUUGAUGUGGGACGAAAAAUAGUAACCCACUUUAAUCAUUCAAGUACUGCAAGAAAAACUGAAAAAAGUUCAGGAAGAGCUGAGAAUAGCCAAGCAUAAUUUAGUGCAAGAUAUAACAACAUGGUGGAAUUCUACCUUUUAUAUGUUAGAAAGGCUUCUUGAACAAAAAUGAGCUAUUUCCCUCUAUCUAACUGAUACAGCAAACAUAUCUAAUCUGACUGCAGAGCAGUGAGAGAUUGUAGACCAAUUACUGAUAUUAUUAAAGCCAUUUGAAGAGAUAACAAAAAUUACUAGCUCAAACUACUUCUGCUUAUCUGAAAUUAUUUCCAAUGUUGCUACUCUCAACCGCUACUGUGACAAGGCUGUGUCUUCUGAUCUUGCAUCUAAAUUAAAGUCUAUGGCGAUUGCCAUGCAACAAAGGAUAAAACAACAUUUUUCACAGAUUGACAAUAAUAAAAACUACCUGAUAUCAACUUUGUUAGAUCCAAGGUUUAAGACGAAUUUCUUCACGAACCAACUGCAAAAAGAAAGAGCCCAGCAGUACAUUCUGCUUGAAGAUUUACUUUCAGACUAUGAUACCAGCAGCAAUGAAAGCAUGCAUUCUUCUUCCGUGCAGUCUAAACGUAAAAGAAAUGAUGAGCCUGGACAAAGCAUUUGCACAUCUUUCUGGGAGUGCUAUGAUGAAGUAGUAGUUGCUGAGAACUUCACCAAUGAUGACAAUGGAGUCAGAAUAGCUUCGACUUCAAAGAACACCAUGGCAGAUGACCUUGAUAAGUACUUGAGCAUUAAAACUUUAAAGAGAAACGACAAUCCAUUUGCCUGGUGGGCUACACAUAAACCUAAAUUUUCUCAAUUUUUAGUCAAACUGGCUGCUAAGUACUUAUCAGUUCCUGCAAGCAGUGUGUAUUCAGAGAGGAUUUUUAGUGAAGCAGGAAACGUAUACAAAGAAAAGAGGAACAUACUUCUUCCCAAAAAUGUGGAAAAGUUGAUUUUUCUGCACCAUAACUUACCACCUAUUAACUUCAGUUAUGAUAAAUAAUUUUAGUAAUGUACAAUGAAAUGAAAAAGUUA